AUGGUCACCUUCCCCAAGGUUAAGGAGACGGGCCCUCCAGGACACAACGUGCUCAGCAUAUAUCUCAAUCCGUUUCAUGUGAGCCUUGUUGGAACUGAGGUCCAUCGCCUAAACACGUUCUGUGGUCAGGACUUUCAUCUCAGUUUUGACACAUGUCACAACAUUAAAGGUUUGGGGCUGCGGGCGUGCUGGCGCUUGGAACGCGAGGAGCUGCCCGCCUUGGUGGUGGCCAAGGGCAUUUCCGCAGCACCGGCUCCUGUGCACCCCAGCGGACAAGCAUACCCCCAAGGCUGUUGCAGCUGUUGACCCAUUUACUUGCAACGUGCAGAAGGAAGCCCUAAGGGGAAACUUGGCCAAGCUGUGACCGAUGUGCAAAUACCUAGUUAUUCUCGAGGUUUUCUGUCAUCUGAGCUGAUUAUGGCUGGAUCAGUCAAUGAAGUUUCUGGCAGUAUGGACGUGCUGGAGUCCAGUGAAGAGGGGAAGAAGAAAUCCAAAUUUAAAGCCUUCAAGAGCUUUUUUGGCAAGAAGAAGAAAAAAGAUUCUGAAGAUGUCCAGGGAGCAAAGUUGCUGAAAACAAGCAUUCCUGACAAUAUUAACACCUCUUCCCUGAAGCCAGUUCAUGGCAGCCAACAGAUUCAGCCUAGGCCCAAGAGCAGCAUGGGAAACAAAGCCAUAUCUCAUGACAGCAUCUUCCUAUUGGAUCCUCAGUCGGAAAGGCCGGCAAGUAAGAUGUUUACUUCCAUGGAGCGCCAGAAAGGCAGACUGAUACAGAGAUCUUACGUUUACAGAACUCUGCCAAGAACUGGCGCUAGCGUCCGGGGAACCACGUCUGGAGUUAUGUUUGGAGCUGCGCCUCGACAUAUGCCCAGAAGUGGAAUCUGGGUAGCAGGCUCCAGGAUCACAGAGGUCCCACCACUGCGACCACGCCAACCCAGCAUCAGCCCACCACUUAUCCGAUCUGACAUAUUUUCUGAUGAAUUUAAAGAAAUUUCUGUUGAUGAUGAGCCAGUUGACAGCUCACAAACGAAGACUUCAUCAUCCAAGAUCUUGGCACUGAAGAAGAACUUCACUGAGUCAUCAUCUGUACCGGAUCUCACACAGUCCUUGGCUGCAUUUGCUAGCAUUACCUCUCCUGGAAACACUCAGAAGUUCAGUGAUUUCCCCACCCCAGCCACCAGCCAGAGCUGUUUAGAUUCUUCAGCUGCUCGACACAAGAUGACUUUAAAUCCCAGGAAGCAAAAGAAGAACUUUCAAACAACUGUGAAAGCAAAGCAGGAGGAGCCAAGCAUUUCACUGGUUACUGAAGAAGAAAAGAGUGUGAGAAAACCAAAAGAUGCUGACCAGAAGCUGAACAAAGACAGUGAAGAACCCACAAGCCAGAAACAGAACAACGAAACAGAGAUUUAUGAUAAGACAACAGAACAGGCCCCAAACACUGACGCUUCUGGGAACCUAGGCGGUAUGUCAGCAGUAUAUGGAAGAAGAUGUAGACGAGUGGGAGCAAAUGCUUUAGGAAUGAGUGAGUGUGGGUCCAAAGGAAGAAGCUCUGUACAGUCCAGUCAAGGACACGGCCUGGGUGAUGGGGCUGGGUCCUUACCUACUGAUAAGACUGCCAAGGGUUGCUCUUUCUGGAACCUACACUUGAAGACAAAAGUCACGGAGCAGCUCACAACUCCACAAGUAGAAACCGCUACUGCUCAGGAGUUGCUCUCAGAUGAAGGUGACAUGAGUGGUAGCAACGAUGAUGUCAAUAUUCAGGCAGAAAACACAUCAGCACCCCAGCCUCUGCCUGCAAACAUGGAAGCGUCGAUGGUUAGUGGUCCACCAUCAUAUCAUGAACAUACGGGUUCUACAGCCAAGAAGCUACGAGCCAGAGCGCUUGCUUCCCCAGUGAUGGAGAGCUCUUCCGCAACCCCAGAGGCACAGGGGAUUAGGGAGCCUUCUCAGAUCCACUCAGCAGAGGGAAAAGCUUCCAACCUUGCUCUGCAAAAGGCCCGAUCCAAAAUGCAGCCAGCCCAGGAUAUCCCAGCUGCCUUCAAAGGUGAGCCUCCUGGAAAUAUCAUCCAGGCCUUCAUAGUGAGUGAAAUUUCCGGCAUGAUCAGUGAGGCAGACGAAAUCAUUUUUGCAGAGAGGCUGCCUCCCCUACACCUUUCCACUUUCUUAGGGCAACACGAGGCUGAGGAAGUCUUCUCAGAGUUAGACAAUGGUUCCGAGGACGGCAGUCGUUCUGAGGAGCAAGUGAUCCCUGCGCAUUCUCUCGCGCGUUUGGGGAAGCCUGCAGCUAAGGAAACCUCAGAUUCAGAGAGUGGUACCCAGGAGCAGAGCAAUUCCGAGGAAUUGGCUUCUUCUGGUUGCUCUUCUCCAUCCUUGGGGAAGUGUGAAGGUAAACCAAAAGUCUUACCCAAAUCGAAACAUUCUGUCACGCAAUUAAGCAGCUCUGGGAAGCAGCAGGUUCCUAGCUACCCUUCCCGACCUUUCGAGGAGUGUCAAGUUGACAAAGUCCCCCGAGGAUCGAGUGGUCGUGCUGAAGAUUCGAGCAGCUUGGAGGGAGAGCUCCCGGUCAGACCCCGCGCCCAGGCCCUGAGGAAGCCCAGAGAACACGCAGAAGUCAGCUCAGUCCCAAAGAACACGGCUGAAGAGAGCGGUUCUGCGGAGCAGACGCUGCCCACAAGCCCUGCGCAGCGCACUGGGAGGCCUGUGUUGCCGCAGCAGCUCUCCUCCAGUCCAGUGAGCUCUUCGACAGAACAGAGCAUUUCUGGCGAGUCAGUGUCUCCCUCAAAUCCUUACCAGCCGUCGGAGGGCCCCGAUUCUGAGCAACAUGUCUCUGUAAAUCCCAAGGGUGUGGCUACCGACUGGGGCAUUUCUAUGGAGCCACUGCCUCCCAGAAUGAAUUCUAAGCGCUCUGUGAGGCCAAAAGCUGAGCAGCAGGUCCCUUCACGUGCAGAAAUUUCAGCUACUGGAGAGGUCGUUUCGACGGAGGUGCUGUCUCCCAAGCAUGCUUCUCAGCCCCUGUCGAAAUCAGUAGUUGAACAAGAAGAUUCUUCAGGCUCCAAGAGCUCUGCUGGUGAGAAGGAUUCUGUGGCGCCUCAGGAUCAACAGGAUGUGUUGUCAGGCUCGGAGGCUAUUGCUGACGAAAGGGGCGUUUCAGUCGUGCCGCUGCUCCCCAAAGAUUCUCCCCAGUCCUCGACAACUCCUCAGGUCCAGGGAAUCGUCUCAGAAAGCGCUGCUGCGAAGGAGGACGUUUGCGGAGAGCUGUCGCCUCCUGGGUGUCCUCCCCAGGCCUUGGUCAGGCCUAGCAGCCAGCUGCAGAAGACCCUAGGCCCCGCGAGUGCUUCUGCGCAGUGCGGCGGCCAUGGGAAGCCACUGCCUUCCAGACACAGCCUCCAAGCGCCGGGGAGCCCCGCCUUUGAGCAAGUCUCUGCAGGUUCAGAGAAUGCUCAGGCUGAGGGCAGCACUGCGAUGGGGCUGACUCCCCCAGCUGGGCGAAACGUCUUGGCAGGUCCCAAGACGGAACCGCCUUCCCACAAGGCUUCUCAGUCCCGGAGAGCAGGGGUCAGGCGGCCGUCCUCUGCAGGUUCAGCGAGUGCCUCUGACGACUGGAGUGAGUCUGAGGAGUUUCCGGGAAACCCUUUGCCUUCAGGGGAGAAGCCUACAUCGGGGCAACAAGUCUCUGCAGGUCUGGAGAGUGCUGCCGCUGAGGGGAGGAUGUCUGUGGAGCUGCAAUCCCCCAGGCCCCAUGCUCAGCCCCCGGCGAAGGCUACAAGUGCAGAGGGUGUUGCCCCCGAGGGCGGCGUCUCUGCAGAACUGCAGCUUUCUGGACAUCCGUCUCAGUCCACUGUAACACAUGAUGUCCAGAAAAUGGCCGCAGGUCCCCAGAGCGCUGCUGUUGAGGGACGCAUGUCAGGGGAGCCGGUGCCCCCCAAAGGUUCUACUCAGCUCUCUGUCAAGUCCAAAGUGCAGGAGAUCUCCUCACGCCUAACAAACACGGCUAAAGUAGAGAAGUCGCUGCUUGCCAGCCAUCCUUCCCGGUCGUUUGUGAAGUUUAUGGCACAGCAAAUCUUUUCAGAGGACUCGGCUCUCAAAGAGAGCUCUUGCAUGGACCCCCCGCCUCCAAAGCAUCCAUCCAAAUCUCUGUUGAGGCCUAAAACGGAUCACAAAGUUUUCUCAGAUAGGGAGCAUGCUGACGCCGGGGGAGGCAGUUCUUCGAAGACGCUGCCUAUAAAGCACUCUGUCAAGUCUGUGGGGAGGCCCAAAGACCCGCAAGAAGCUUCCUCAUCCUCAGAGCACGUUCCCGUGAAGAGGAGCACUUCUGAAGAGCAGCUGUCUCGUAGACAGAACGCCCCAGCCUCGGGAAAGUUUGAGUGCCAGCAAGAAGUCCCCUCUCUUUCUGAAAGCUCUCCCGAAGAAUGGAGGCCUUCUAGAGAGAGCCUGCCUCCCAGACGCGCUCCUCAAGCGUUGAAUGGGUCGCAAUUGCAGCCGCAGACUUGCCCGGCGGGCUCAGUGGAUGGGCCUGUAAGGCGGAGCAGUCCCCAAGAGCACCUGCAUCCCAGAAACCCUUUACCGCCUUUUGGAGACUCUGAAUAUGAGCAACAGGUUCUUUCAAACUCCACGAGCGCUACUACCAAGGGAACCAUUUUUGAGGGCAAUUCUGGCAGAGAGUCCCUACCAAAAGGCCCAGUUUUCCCAAACAAGACCAAGCAGCACAGCGCAGGCUCUGAAGACCUCACGACCGUUACCACCAAACCUAGGAAGUUCACCCUUGCCCCAGCCUCGAAAACACCUGUUUCUGGGGGCACUUGCUCUAAGAGGGAAGGCCUUGAGAGUGGUGAUGGAAAUAAUGACAAGCGUUCCAAUUUCACCACUAACGAGGCUGGCGUUGAAAAAUGUUUUGGAGUGCAACUGAGAAGACUCCCUUCCUCCCGGAAGUAUAAGAGCACAAAACUAGAUAACUUUGCCCAGCUUCCUCCACUGCCCUUAGGCCCGAUUCCACUCUCUGAAGGCAGAGAGCAGCGGAUGAGAAGAAGAGAGUCCCGGGGGCUCCUGGUCACUGCAGAGACCCCCACCACAAUACCUGAGCAGGUGGGGAAGCAGCUGAGCGAGCCCAGAUCUGAAGCUGUGGCCCAGAAGCAACCUGCCCACAAGACCCCAGGAAAGCAUCCUGGUCAACAAUCAGACAGUGCCAUAUCAGAGCCAGCUUGGAUAACCAUGGCAAAGCAGAAGCAAAAGGGUUUCCAGACCCCUGGCCUUAUGAAACCAUCAAAAUUCAAGGACAGAGCUGGAGCAGAGGCUGCGACUAAGGAACCUAGUUAUGUGGGAGCUGGACCUGAAAAUGAAAACCAAUCAAGAAAGAUUUUCACUUCCAAUGUCCAUAGACAGAAGGUGGCACAGAUGAAGCUAAUCAAAUCAGCUGGAUUUGAAGAUCAGAAGAUACUUCACACCUCUGCCAAGAAAAAAGAAACUAAAGAAUCUUCAACUUUUCCGGCCAAGUCCCAUCAGCCAGUUGAGCUGGCUGAGCCGGUUGAACCAGCUGAGCUGGUUCAGCCAGUUGAGCCUGUCUGGUUCUCUAUGGCCAAGAAGAAAUCCAAAGCCUGGAGCCACAUAUCAGAGACAUGUAAUAAGUAG